AUGAGAGUCAAGAAGCCAACGUCUAAGCGUAUGACCACCCGUUUAAGGGAAGGUAUUAAGAAGAAAGCUUCAGCUCAACGUCGUAAGGAUAAGAAGGCAGCAAAGAAGGACGUUACCUGGAAGUCUAGACAUCCAAAGGAUCCUGGCAUUCCAGCGUCAUUUCCUUACAAGGAGCAGAUUAUUGCGGAGAUUGAGAUGAGGAAGCAAGAAAGGGAGGAACAAAAGAGGUUAAUGAGAGAACAAAGAAAAGCUGUACAAGCAGGCAGUUUAGAGGAUGCGCAAGAUGCAAUGGAGAUUGAAGGUGAAUUGGGCGACGACAUGGCAGCUUUGAUGGAGAGUGCGCAGGCUGCAGCGAGAGAGUAUGAAGGUGAAGACGAGCAAGAUGAUGAUGGAGAUGCAAUGGUUGAAGAUGAUUACGAGGUUAUUGAGCGUGAUCUUCCACUAGACGAUGAGGAAGUAGAUGAUGAGAGAGCCAACAAGAGUGAAAUUGAAAAGUCUAGAAAACAAUUUGAUAAGGUGUUCAAGAAUGUCGUUGAUGAUGCAGAUGUUAUACUAUAUGUAUUGGAUGCUCGUGAUCCGGAGAAUACGAGGUCAAAGAAAAUUGAGGAGUCAAUUCUACAAAGUCAAGGUAAGAGAUUGAUUUUGUUGUUGAACAAGGUCGAUUUGGUUCCUGAUGAGAUUGUCAAGAAAUGGUUGGAUUUCCUUGGAAGUUCUUUCCCAACGAUUCCAAUCAAGGGAUCAAGUGGAUCCAAUAACGGUAAAACGUUCAACAAGAAACUAACGCAAAAUGCGACGGCCAACCAAUUGUUAUUGGCCUUGAAGGCGUAUGCAAGUAAAUCUAAUUUACAUCGUACCAUUACAGUUGGUGUGAUUGGAUAUCCUAAUGUUGGUAAAUCGUCGAUAAUCAAUGCAUUGACCAACCAACAUUCCGGUAAGGGCAGUAACAAGUCCAAGCAGCCAUGUCCUGUUGGAAACCAAGCGGGUGUAACACGUACAUUGAGGGAGAUCAAGAUUGACAACAAGUUGAAGAUCAUUGACUCUCCUGGUAUUGUAUUCCCUGAGAAUGUCAAAAAGAGCGGCAGUUUAACUACAAGACAAAAGAAGGAGUACGAGGCAAAAUUGGCAAUUCUGAGUGCCAUUCCGGAGAAGCAGAUUGAAGAUCCAAUUAACGCCGUUUCUUAUUUGUUAAAGAGGUUAUCGACGGACAACUCCAUGGCAGAAUCGUUCAAGGAGUUCUAUAAAUUACCUGCAUUGGCAUCUAUUGAUUUGAAUGAUUUCACCAAGAAGGUUCUCAUCCAUAUAUCAAGAAGUCAAGGGAGACUAGGCCGUGGUGGUGUGCCUAACCUGCAUGCCGCAUCGUUGGUUGUAUUGAAGGAUUGGAGGGACGGCAAGUUUCAAGGCUGGACGUUACCAAAGUCAAGCAGUGCAAAAAGCGGUGAUUCUACUGAGGUUGAGACUAAGAUUCCCAACGGAGCCAGUGGAGCAAAGCCACCAGCCAAGGUUGAACAGACCACCAUUGUCAAGGAGUGGGCACAAGAGUUUGACCUGGAUAGUCUAUUUGCAGAUGUGUUUGGUAAAAAUUAG